GGAAAUCCAGAAUGCGUUAAUGUUACAAAACCAGGUUCAGAAAUCAAAUUCGAAACACAGUAUCCAGAGCCUAGGUUUUCUUCAAGAGCAUUCUUCAUUUUCUUAGGCAGCUUGCUGUUUCUGAGUUUGGCCUCGUUCGUGAGCCUCACCAAAACUAAAGUAGCCAGAGGAGAGAGAGUCAAAUUACCAAGUAGCACUGAAACUUUGCCUACUGAUAUGAAUGCUCCACCAAGUUAUAAAACGACAUCUGGCUGGGCAAUGUCAAAGCAGACGUAUUUCUAUUUGUUAGGUAUGAUGGCUGUAGUUUGUAUAUUAGGAAAUGGAAUGUUGCCGAGUUUGCAAUCGUAUUCGUGUUUACCAUAUGGUAAUGUGGCCUAUCACUUGACAGUGACAUUAGCUUCUAUGGCUGGACCUUUAGCAAUGUGUCUUGGUUUCGUUAUCAAAAAUCCAAAGGUCAAACUAUUAUCUGGAUUGAUGGCUCUUACUUUAAUUCUGUCAGGUCUUGUCUUUUACUUGGCAGCAGAAUCCCCUACGCCACCUUUACAACAUUCUUGGUUAGGAGAAUUUCUCGUGGUAAUUUUGUGGAUUUUAGUAUGCGGAUUCAUUGGGUUUAUAAAAAUGGGAAUCACAACUUUGUUCCGACCAGACCCUGGUAGGGGUUUAUAUUACACAGGAGUUGCUACCCAAAUUGGUUCGUUAGUAGGAGCAAUUACUUCUUAUACUUUAGUUAAACAAGAAAUAUUCCAAUCUUACUCUCCUUGUCAAGCAUUGACUGGUCAUUAACUAUUAAAAAUCACUAUGUGGUUUUGAAAUAAAUACUUGUACUCAAAACAUGAAAAGUAAUACUUGAAAUGCAAUUUUUUUUAUUGCUUUAAAAUAUUUUCAAAAUCACAUAUUAGUAAUCAAUGCUUGCAUUUGUUUACAAAAUUGUAUCAUUCAAAUAUAAAUUAAUUAAUUGGUUUUGGGUGUUUGUAUGUAUUGUAUAAACAUGUAAAGAAUGUCUACUAGUAUUAUAGAAGUAUGUAAAUUUCAAUAUAGUUGAGUAUUGUCCAACUAAAAUAAUUUUGUUUCUAAAAUGCAUUUGAUUUUUACAGUUAUUUAUGUAACAAGUAGAUUGGAAUAUUUAUAGAUUUAAGCUCCAAAUUAAUUUUGUAUAUUACUCUCCUGAUUGAUUUCGAUGAUCAAAUAUGGGUUAAUGAAUUCUACUUAAAAUGGUUUAGGUUUAUGCACAUAUAGUCUUAAUGCACAAGGUACUGGGUGCGAUAAUUGUUGAAUUCGUCUGAAUAUUUUUAAUCACUGACUUAAUACAAUAGUUCCUCUGUCUUCGAGUACUACAAAAAAAAAAACGAAAAUCACAACCAAUUUUAUCUGUAAAGCUUUAAACCCGCUUUACAUAGUUAUCUCACUCCUACACAGUAGUCCAUUAAUUUCAUAGAUAAGACUUUUGUUACAUAAAGCCUCUCUCCUUACUUUUUGCUAAACCAAUGAGAGCGUACUUAAAGAUAGAUUUAUAACGCAAAUGCCAAUACCGAUAAGAAUUGUACAUUUUGCAUAAGCUUAUCCCCCACCAUGCUCAGUUUUAUCUUGAAGAAAACGAGAUAAUGCAUGCAGUGAAAGAAAAACAGAAAUAACCAAUAAAAGUAAUUGCGUGUGUUGACGCGACAUCCGCUCAUUCCACUAUGCUCACGUCUGUGCAAUCACUACCACACUAAAAGCCCAUCUGCAGAUGCAAUUAGAAUGCAUAUUUCCUUUUAUCUUGCCAUGAAGAGUUGGUUUAUUCUUAAGCUUUGUACUUAAGGAGUGUAUCGUAGGUGCUGACUAUUCGGAAUGUAUGAGUUGGAUUUUGAUAAUCUUUUAAUCAUCUGAGUAAACAAGAAAAUGUCACAUGUAGAAGAAGAACAAACUAUAGCUUCACCAAAUCCAGAGGGCACUAACUCAUCGAUGUGAGUAAUUUUGGCUGUCUAAAAGUUAUUGUGCAAAGCGUAGCUACAUUUUCAAUUAUACACUCUGUGACAGAUAUCCAUGUGAAGAAGAAAAAUUGAUGCAACAGCAUAUAGGAGGAAUGGUCAAUACGGAACAAAUAAUUGAUUCACAAACCAAUCCAACAUGGUACUUAAAACCAUCAACAGUAGUGCACAUUCUAGUGAUGAUGUUUGGUAUUUCUGCUUGGAUUGGUAUCAAUGGCAUUUUCAUUCAGCUUCCUCUACUAGUAAAUUCUUCGCCAGAGAGCUGGGGAUUGGCAGCCUAUUUAGUAGUAACUAUUCAAGUAGCUAAUAUUACGCCAAUUAUUUAUAGCUUAUUACGUAAAUCAUCAUUUGAAAUUAAUGAGUCACAUUGUAUCUUAGGAAUGCUGGGAAUGGCAACAUUUGUAAUGGGGCUCUUGGCAUUCCUAUAUGAUAAGACAAGCAGCAUUGCUGGCAAAGAACACAGCACAGCUUUGUUCAUAUUGACUUUUUUCACAGCAGCUGUAAGCUGCACUAGUUCUAUUUUAUUUAUGCCGUAUCUUAGCAAUUUUAAAGAAAUCUACCUAGUAUCGUAUUUUGUUGGCGAAGGUUUGAGUGGAGUUAUGCCAAGUAUCGUGGCCCUUAUACAAGGUAUUGAUGAAAGUCCUAAAUGUAACGAUACCUCUAACAUCGCUGAUUCGUUGAAUACUUCAGCCAGAUUUUCACCUCAGUACUACUUUUUAUUUCUUUUCAUGUGUUUACUAUUGUCUUCAAUUGCUUUUUUUCUUCUGGAAAAUCUCUCUUACAUUAAACAAGAAAAGAGUUUAUCUCGUUCAUCAGACAAUAAUUCAGUUAACAAUGAAUCCAAGAAUUGUAAUUGUCAGAGACAAGUAUCAGUAUUAUCCGAGGGCUCGAUAUCUGAAAAUGAUGUUAUGGAAAGUCACGUUUGCAUUGACACAUAUAAAAAGACUGAUGUUGGAGAUAUUUCAAAUGUUCAUUAUGGACAAAGUAAUAAUCAAUUAACAUUGAGAAAUGUAUAUCUGUACAGUCUUUUAAGCAUUAUUUGUUUGUUAGCAAAUGGAUUACUACCUGGCCUUCAACCAUAUGCCUGUUUGUCGUAUGGAAAUAUGACGUACCACUUGAGUGCAACUCUUUCGCAAAUCGCCAAUCCCACUGCCUGUCUUUUAGCAUUGUGGUAUCUUCCGCAUAGCAGAAAAGUUAUAAACUGUCUGUCAAUUGUGAUAUUAAUCGCAAGUAGUUAUGUUAUAUAUCUUGCUUUGGUUUCACCAGAUCCACCAUUGCAAGAUUCUCAAUUUGGUAAAAUUUUGGUUAUCUUAUCAUGGAUAUUACUGAUAGGAUUCAUUUCCUACGUUAAAUUAAUUAUUACAUCAGUAUUUAGGAGAAAGUCUGAGAAAACAUUGUUUCAUGUUGGGGUAGCUAUGCAGGUGGGCUCUGCCUGUGGAGCAGUACUAUCAUUUGUCCUAAUUACCUUCACUAAUUUGCUCCAAGAGCAUAAACCAUGUGGUGGUUAAAAAGAAUUUUGAUAUUAAAAAUUAAGUUUACUUGAUUUCGAAAUUGUUGAAAAUUAAUGUUGUUGAAAAUUGUUUGCAUCACUGCGUGGCAUUAACUUAAAAAUUUAUUUAUGUAAAAUACAUUCACAUAAAUUCUUUGAAUUUUGAAAAUUGUCUUCCAAGCGCAUAAGACUUUUUACUUACAAAACGUAAAGCAAAUUAAAUUGUUACACUUUUGCAGGUCUAAUUAAUUUUGCUUCCAGUGUUCCUAUACAUUUCAAUACCAUGCAUCUUAAAAAACUUAAUGGAGUUAUGGACAAAAGUUUACAUUUAAAAUUAAAUUAUUUUGUAAAUAAGUGCAAUAUCGUAAACUGCUGCCUAUUAACUAUUUUUGAUUACUCAGGCAAUAGGAACACUUUAAUCGAAUGAUUAUGCCAAGAGAGAAGAAGAAUUUAAUGUACGUGAAUGUAUUGCAGAUUGGUACGUGCGUAUUUUUGUGUUAAUAAGAAAUUUCAAAUCAGCUGAUAAUAAUGCAUUUGAAGAUCAAAAAUCGAAGACAUGUAUAACACAUGUAUGUACAUAAUGUACGUAAUUGUACUGCAGCAUGUGAUAAGUUUGGUCUCUAGAAAUCUUGCAAAACUAGGAUCAAAUAUCCCGUAAAACAAUUCCAUAUAUAUAUAUAUACUUAUAAUACUGUAAAUGAGUAUGCUCGAUGAGCCAAUGUUGUACACAAGAUGUUAAAGAUGUUGAACAAUUUUUCAAAUAUAGAAUUUGUUACGUUAUAAUCCAA